CUUAAGGAAGCCGAUCCUCUGCCCGCUGGAUCUGGCAAGAAUACCUCGGAGGCACGAGCUGCGACGAUGACAGGGGACGCUGCCGCAGCCAAGCGAAGGGGAGCCGACCCCUAGCUGCAAGCCGUUCUCCACCCCUGGACAAAAGCGCCCAUCUGCGCCCGUCACAUUGCUCUGGGUGACCUUCCUUGGAUGCAGAGUCCGCCCCUGCGUGCAUCUUCCUCGGAUGCUCUGAAGGCCGGGGAACCGCGCUCUGAAGACGAGGGAUGCCAGGCUGCAUCCUCCCACGGCUGGUCUUUGUUUGCGAGUAAACGGGAGAGGCCGCGGAGGUAGCCGGGACUCACGCGGAGGAUUCAUCCUUGCUUCAAGUCGACGCCUUUUCCAAGCUCCCAUGGGGACCACUGAAGCCACACUCCGGAUGGAAAACAUGGACGUGAAGGAAGAAUGGCAGGAUGAAGCUCUGCCCAGGCCACUCCCGGAAGACACGGGGAUAGACUUGCUUGGCAGUCCUGCAGAAGACACGUCCUCCCCUCCCAACACACUAAACUUCAACGGGGCUCAUCGUAAGCGAAAGACGCUCGUUGCCCCUGAAAUCAACAUUUCCCUGGACCAGAGUGAGGGCUCCCUGCUGUCUGAUGACUUCCUGGACACCCCUGAUGACCUGGAUAUCAAUGUGGAUGACAUCGAGACCCCGGAUGAGACCGACUCACUGGAGUUCCUGGGGAACGGCAAUGAGCUAGAGUGGGAAGAUGACACCCCUGUGGCCGCCGCCAAGAACAUGCCUGGAGAUAGCGCCGAUCUGUUUGGGGAUGGCUCGGCUGAGGACGGCAGUGCCGCCAAUGGGCGUCUCUGGCGGACGGUGAUCAUCGGAGAACAGGAACACCGAAUUGACUUGCACAUGAUCCGGCCCUACAUGAGGGUGGUGACGCAUGGAGGAUACUAUGGUGAAGGCCUCAAUGCCAUCAUCGUCUUCGCUGCCUGCUUCCUCCCGGACAGCAGCCUCCCCGACUACCACUACAUCAUGGAGAACCUCUUCCUGUAUGUCAUCAGCAGUUUGGAACUCCUGGUGGCGGAGGAUUACAUGAUUGUGUACCUAAAUGGUGCCACCCCCAGGCGGAGGAUGCCUGGCAUUGGCUGGCUGAAGAAGUGUUACCAGAUGAUCGACAGGAGAUUGCGGAAAAACCUAAAGUCCUUAAUCAUCGUCCACCCGUCCUGGUUCAUCCGCACCGUGCUGGCCAUCUCCCGCCCUUUCAUCAGCGUCAAGUUUAUCAACAAGAUCCAGUAUGUUCAUAGCUUGGAAGAUCUGGAGCAGCUCAUCCCCAUGGAGCAUGUGCAGAUCCCAGACUGCGUGCUACAGUAUGAAGAGGAACGGCUGAAGGCCAGGAGAGAGAGUGCGAGGCCACAGCCAGAGUAUGUCCUGCCCAGGUCUGAAGAGAAGGCAGAGUCGGCUCUGGCAGACGACAGGUCUUCUCUGGCUACAGAAGAUCAGGAAACAAGCAUGUCCUGAGAUGAUGUGAGCACAGAGGAGGACAUGAAAGAAGAUCCCAGAUACCAAGAAACCUCUGUCAGAUGUCCUCUGGCCCUGGAUCUUGUCCUUGCCUCAUCCUGACUCACAGACUUGGGGGUGGGGGGUACCUGUCUCCUCCAUUCAUCUCUGAAACCCAGCAUCCUCUCUAGCUGCUUGAAAACAUUUUUUUAAUGAUGCAGUAUUAGUGCAUUCUGGAAAAGGACCCAGUUCUCAGCCCUUCACCCUCCCACACUCAUGAGCUCACAGCCAAGAAGGGCAAGAAAUGUUGAGUGUGGCACAUGCGUCCUUGGUGGCCUCAGAGACCUCUCCCACUGCACAAAAUCCUGGUCAGGAUCCUUCUCUUGCUUGUCACCUGGCCCAGAUUGGAACCACAGAUGCCCACCAACUCCCUGGCCAGGACUGGAUUCCUUCUUGUGCCUUUCCUCCCAGAAUGGCCCCUGCAGCCCUGGGCAUCUGGCCUGGAAGUUCAGCUCCCCACACCAAGCAGCACCAAGCCCUGGGUACCACCCAGCCUUUGACCUCAUAGCUCUUCCUUUGACCAGCCCCCCUCAUCUCCUAUAACUCCCACCUUCUUAGGGAGCAUCGGAGCCCACAGCACUGAUAAUCACCCUAGUCCUACAAUUGUAGAAUCACACCCCCCUCAAUCUAGAACAUUCUCAAGCCCCUUGAAUGUGGAGGCCACACCACAGGGCAAUCCUGAUCAAUACCUCCUACUGAGGGUAUAAGCCUCCCCAUUUCCCCAAUCCCCCCACCCCCAGCACGGAGUUGGGAUGCAUCCCUCAGGCUCCCACCAAGAGCAGUGGCUGAGAAACCAGCUCUGAAAUAAGGUCGUCCCAGAAACACAGACAAAGAAAAAGGAAGAUACAGGGUACUGGACAUUUGAGUGCUACGAAUGACACUUAGGAAAAUAAAUCCCAAUGGCCUGGAUGCUAUGGCCACCUACAUUCAAGGGAGACAAUUUUCCUUAGGACAAAAAACAAACUUUUCCAAUGUGGUCCAAACACCAGCCAGGUGGGCUCUAGAGGGAGUAAUUUCCCCGUCCCUAGAUCCAUUCAAGAAAAUGCUGGAUGGUGCUUGCAGAAAGUGGUCCUCUGCAGUCCCCUCCAAUCCUGAGUCUAUUUCUAUGAAUCUGAGCAAAAGUUGAGCAGGCGCAUUGUCUGGCCCCUCUUCCCGGCUCUGUAGCCGGCUCCUUAGUGGGUGUCAUCCAGGUUUGGUUGACCCCCCUUCCCCAAUAAUUUCACAGUAGGAGAUUCUUGUUCUCAGUGGACAUCAAUGGGAUGAGUUUUAGGUUAUUCCAACUGUGGGAGGGGGCUAGUGGCAUUCAGUGCUGAGGAAGAGGAGUGGCAGUGCUUCCUCGUGCCACCCCGAAUGCUAGUCCAUCCCACCCUCAAAGAGCCUGCAGCCUAAAGAUUCUGACUGCACAAGAAAUUCCAACAUGGACCCCCAGUUCACAGUGGCCCACCCACCACCCCUCCGGACCACCAGCAGCCAUAGUCCUCGGGCAAGUGGGACCAAGGACCCCAACUGUACCACAACAGCCCCUCCAGAAUAGAGACUCCCAUGGAGGCUGUUGCCAGGCCAGCCACAUGUCAACAGGUGUUUGAAGUUCCACAGCACAGCUCCAUCCAAAUGGGGCCACUGUGUCCAGGCCACCUGCCACCUGCACCCUUCAAAAUUGGCUUUGUGAAAGAUUUGCAUCUGUGGGGCAGUUUUGGCUAAAAUGCAAUGGAUGCCAAGCUCUCACUAUAAAGGGAUCUUGGGUUUCCUCUUGUGACACAUGGGACACGUCAUAAGUCCCCAGAGUCCUAGUUCACACACCCAUCCUUCUGACAGUGAGUUUUGCAGUUUUUAAAAAAACAAAAACAAUUCAUGAUGAUUACUUUCGUGAUGUGAAGACAUCAUUUCCAUGAGCUUUGGGGGAUUUUUAUGUGAAAUAAAUAAACUAUAAC